AUGCCUCUGCGACAGAGUCUGCUCAGUUUUGCGGCGGCGUUCGCGUCUCCGAAGAAGAUAGAUCCACAAUCUCAAGCACGACCAAAGAUGGCGCGUCAGGACAGCACUGCAUCGUCCAGCUCAUCCGAUGUAAUCGAGGUCAUGGCUACUGAGCCACCCGUCCAGCUUCCCACGCCAUCAGACACAGCUACAGAGGCUUCCAGUGUCUCUAGUCAACAAGGCACGUCAAAGAAGGCGUCACGACGCGACAGCAAACGUUUGUCCCGUGGCAAAAGCCGCCCAAGUCUAGCACAAUCACAAAAGAAGGAGCAAGCAAAGGAUAGGACCGUGUCUGGAGAGACCCUCGUCAACAGUGCCAGCGCCAGCCAGGAUAGCUUGGUCAAGAGUGGCAUCGAUAAAUUGAAUCUUCCCUGGAACAUGAGUGACGUCUUCGCGAAAGGCAGCAAAGCCGACUUGCUCGAAACUGCUGCAGAAGACGACGCUUCAAGUCAGAAGAGCAAAGUCCCUACUGCAGAGGACAGCGAGCAGGAAGAUGAUGACGAUGAGGACGACGAGGAAAGAGCCGCGAGAGCAGCUGCCAAAAGGGCCAAGAUGGCCGAAAACAACAAGCUGUGGGAGAAACGGCGGAAGGCGGCCGCAAAGAAUGCUACGCGCAAGUCAUCGCGAGCCUCUAUGCUCACAAAGGUCGGGGACUUUGCAGAGAACGUUCUCGAGAAGCGAGCCUCCCGUGUCAGCGAGCUGAAGAGCCUCGUCCGUUCGCGCAGCGCUUCGGACGCGCAGAUCCUAGACAACACAGUGGACGGGCCCGACGCUAAAAAGCGUCGCGUCAGUAGUGGUGCUACACUCACAAGCAGCGAAUCUGCCCCAGUGCUUUCCAGCAAGAAGCCGCAGCGGGCGCCCAAGGACAAGAAGUGGCUGAUAUCUGGUCUCUAUGCUGGCCAGCAGCGGAGUUUCGAUGCAAGGCACCAUGGUGGCAGCAACAAGAAACGUAGGAGCGAGGUCGCGGAUAGUGACGAGAAGAAGGAGAAUUCUACUCUGCCUUUGCCGAUGUUCUUGGGAGAGAGACUUCUCAAGGAAGGGCGCGAUUUUAAGCUCCCAUUCGAUGUCUUCUCCCCUCUUCCACCAGGGCAGCCGAAGCCGGAUGAAUGGCGGAAGUCCAACAAGAAUUUGUUUGUGGGCGAUGCGGCUGCAGAGUGGCGUGUCACAAAGCCGAUGGAAUAUUCUGCAUGCCUCUGCAAAGCCGAGACAGGAUGCGAUGCGGACUGCAUGAAUCGAUACAUGUACUACGAGUGUGAUGAGAAGAACUGCAACCUGACUGCUGAGCAAUGCGGCAACCGAGCCUUCGACGACCUGCGCAAACGGGCAAAGAAAGGAGGCAAGUACAACAUUGGUGUCGAGGUAAUCAAGACUGUCGAUCGAGGCCAUGGCGUGCGAAGCAAUCGCACCUUUGAGCCAGAUCAGAUCAUUGUGGAAUAUUCUGGGGAGAUCAUAAACCAGGAUGAAUGUGAUCGGCGCAUGAAGAAGGAGUACAAGUCAAACGAGUGCUACUACCUUAUGCUGUUCGAUCAGAACAUGAUCAUUGAUGCAACAACAAAGGGGUCGAUCGCACGAUUUGUCAACCAUUCGUGCAAUCCAAAUUGCCGAAUGGAGAAGUGGACAGUCAGCGGCAAGCCGCGAAUGGCUCUCUUUGCAGGCGAUCGGGGCAUCAUGACUGGCGAAGAGCUCACGUACGACUACAACUUUGAUCCCUUUAGCCAGAAGAACGUCCAGGAAUGUCACUGUGGCGAGCCACAAUGUCGAGGCUUUCUGGGUCCCAAGCAGAAGAAGGAGGAGCGCAAGAGCGAGGAGAAAGAGAAUGCACAGCCUAAAUCUCCUAAGAAGAGCCUCAAACGCAAAAUGGUGGAGGUCGUCGAAGAGGUCGUCGAAAGAGUCACGAAGAAGCAGAAGACAGACUCACAGGUUGUGCUGAAGAGCAAAGCAGCAAAAACCAGGGUCUUUGCAACUGCGACAAGCCCGGCGAAGAAAUCAUCAGCCUUGGGAGCGAAAGUCAAGGCAGUCGCAAAGGCCGUCCGGGGAGGUUCCAGCAGCCCCAUGAAAGCAACAUCAGGGCUUGCGCGGAAUCCCUCCAAGCUCAAGAGAAUGGUGCAAAGCACAAAGGAAGCGACUAGCAAGGCCAAAGCUAGUGCGUCUGCCGGUAUUCAGAAGAGCCGCAGUACAAAACGCGUCGUUUCUUCGACUUCGGCUACGGAAGCACUGAUUGAGAAGGAAGUCUCUGAGGAAAAGACAUUGAAGAAGGUACUGGUCAAGAGCAAGACCGGCGGCGUGAAGGAUAAUGAAGUCAAGACGGUCCGUGGCCGCGAGUCUGGUCGAAGUCGCACGAUGCGCGUCAUCGAUGGGGAGCAAUAA